CCUUCAGUUUUUGACAAUACAAUGGCCUCAUGGCAACACUCCUACGCCCUGAACCAUUCUGUUUUUACGAACUAGGUCGGACUGCUUCAAGCCCGCAUGCUGCUGAUUUUUACUUUCGAUAGUAAGCGAUAAUGGCUUGUGACAGUUAGAGGCAGGCCCUGUAUGCCUAUUGACGGCAGCACGUCAGUGCAAAAUGACGACGCAAACCGUCCCUGAGAUGGAAGGCCUUGAUGUGCACACGCUUAUUGACCGCAUGGCUAGCAACGACUGCCUGCGGCGUGUAGCCAGCAAAGGAAACGGCGCCACCGAAGCUUCCUUGAUGCGUGCAAGCGUGACACAGGCCAGUCAUGCCGACAGCAGCAAAACCUACACGGGCAAGAGGCAGGGCUUUUCCUCAAAUAAUCAGCAACCAACUCGUCCGCUGGCGUACAAGACAAAGGUGCUAUACGACACAUGCCGCCGUAAGCCCAGUACCCUUGUGCUACCGAUCGUCCUCUUCAUGCUGCUAUGCGGGAUGGGCCUCCUUGCAACCCAAUACACCGCACAAAAAGCCGUUCGCCAGGCUGAGGACUAUGCACGGGAGGCCGUGGCCGCAUCCGUGGCCUCUGCAGUGGUCAGCCAGCUGACAGUUGCAACACGGGCUGUCGCGACCCUGGCAUCGUACGUGGAACAGCACCCAACCUGUGCCGACCUGGACGAGCAUUUCUCGUCAUUGGGGCGCAGCAUCCUCAGCUGGGAUGCUGACAACAACGGCGGCUUGCCGAUUGUUUACCAGGUCCAAGCGCUUCCUGCCAUGAUCAUCAGCUACAGCUACCCCGAGCUACCGCCCGACCUAGCAGCGCAGUUGAUUGGGAUGGACGUGCUGGGCCGACCAGACAAGCGGGAGGAAACCUUGCAGCACCUGAACUACUCGUCGACAAUCAUUAUUGGGCCAUAUCUGCUGCUGGAGGGAUUCCACGCGUUGUUCUUUGAGAAGGCAAUCGUGUUGCCAGUACCGGACGGGAAUAUGAGCUACACGUGGGGCUGCGGGCGUCAGAUGUCCAACUGCACCAACCCGAUUUGCUACUCGCCGGACCAGAGCAAGAAGCUGUGGGGCACAGUGUGGUCGACCAUCGUGCUGGAUAACCUGCAGGCCGGCUUCAACCUGCAAUCCUUGUGUGGCCAGUACUUUUACACGUUACGGCAAAUGCCAACAGACUUGAACAGCGCAUCUAUCAUUGCACGCUCGCCGGUCACGCCCCGGCGGCCAGUUUCCGUGGAUAUACGCGCGUACAAUCUGCAUUGGGUGCUGGAGUUGGAGCCAGAGAAGGGUUGGUGGCCGACAUGGGUGGUGCCUUGUACGGCAACGGUCGUGCUUGCGUCAGCUGCGGUGGCGGCGCUGGUGCUCUGGCUGCUGGCCAGCCGAGAGCAGCACAGGGCGCUGCUUUGCUCCAUGUUGCCUAGGAGGGUCGUGAAGCAGCUGCAGAGCGGUGCUUGCAACGUGGUGGAGAGCUUCCAAGACCCGGUGACCAUCCUCUUCUCUGAUUGCGUAUCGUACACGACCAUUGCGUCCCAGCUGACACCGCUGCAAGUGGUGGAGUUGCUGAACGAUCUGUACACGGUCUUCGACUCUCUCACCGUCAAGCAUGGCUGCUACAAAGUGGAAACAAUUGGAGAUGCCUUCAUGGCAACUGCCGGAUGCCCCCACCACGAGGACCCUGUCAGCGCCGCAGUGCGAAUGGCGGGUAUGGCGCAGGCAAUGAUACACGCGGUGUCCAACUUCAACAACAGCGUGACCAAGGCUCUGGGGAUUCGCAUCAAGAUACGCGUUGGCCUCCACAGCGGUCCUGUGGUCGCGGGCGUGGUGGGGGUGCGCAUGCCGCGCUACUGCCUGUUCGGCGACACGGUCAACACGGCCAGCCGCAUGGAGAGCAACAGUGCGCCCAUGUGCAUCCACAUCAGCUCCUCCACUGCUGCACUGCUUGUGAAGGCUGGGGCCACGGUCAUGCGGUCCCCGUCGCCAGAACCCGUCUGCAUGCGCUCCGCCGCCGCCAUUGAGUCCACCAAGGACGGAGGGCCCCCUCUUUCCCGCGGCAGUACCGGCGCUGCCGGUCCCGGCCCCUCAUCCACCCGCCCUUCAGCGCAACGGCAAUCGCAACCGCAACCGCAUGCGCACACGUACCCCUCGGUCACUGGUGGCGGCGCCCACAUUGGGGGCGUCAUCAAGCCCGGAGGGCUGUACGCGAGCAGAAGCAGCGGCGCAAGGGUGCUUCGGCAACUACCAUAUUCGGUGAUGUGCAACCAUGCAGGCGCCCGCAGCCUCAGCGUGCCUGCGUUGGAGUUCCCAGUGGAUGCCGAGGAUGAGGAGGGCCACCCCGCCGGGGCUGCUGGCGGCGGUGAUGAGGAGGAAGUGGACGGCAUGGCUGUAGCCCUUGCGCGGAAGUGCGGGAGGCGCUCGUCUUCUUGCAGCGGUGCGGCGGUUGCAGGGACAGGCACGGGAAGCGCGGGCGCUGCCGUGCGGCGGAGCAGCGUAGGCGGCGGAAGCGUCAGAAGCAGCCGGCUACGAAGGAGCAGCUGUGGCGCAAGUAUUGGUGGCGGCAGAGUACGGAGAAGCAGCUACUAUGGCAGUGGCGGCGGCGCGGCGGAAGCCAUUGGCGCGGUAUGGGAGAAGGUUGGAAAGGUGGUUGCGGAGGCGGUACAGAGCGAUGAGGUGGCGAGCGGCAUCGGGAAGAGAGGUGGCGAGGUGGCGGUCAGCGUGGCUCCGGCGGAGGCUGGUGGCGCAGACGGUUACAGCGCAGGAACAAGCGGGAGUGGGGCUGCGGGCAUGACGGUUCAGGAUCGCGGUAUGGUGUCUAUCAAGGGCAAAGGCACCAUGCAUACGUACUGGCUGCUGACGGGCGUCACGCCGCCGCCGCCCAUGCCUCCGCCGCUGCCUCCUCCCUCGGCCUCCUUGUCGGGGGCGUUGCAGUCGUCGCCCCUUCCCUCACGCGGGCCCACGCUGACGGGCUUCCUGAACGCUACUGCGAGCGUUGGUGGUGGUGUCGCCUCCCGCGCGGCAUCCUGGAUGUCCCGAAAAGUGGGAGCCCUGGGAGGGCUGGGAGGCUCGCAUUUAGAGCAGGAGGACAGCGCCGCAGCGGGUGCAGCUGUUGGCGUUGUUGCUGUGACGGUAGGAGCCACUGCGUUGCCUCCCGUCUGACAUGCAUGGAGGUGCCGUAACUGGAGCACAACAUUGUUUGUGGCGGAGCAGGAAUGCUGGGUAUCAAGUAACUAUUGUGAAAUGGGCCGUUAUGAACUGAAAACCAAGUGCGUUAUGAAAGGUUAUUGUUGUUUUAAAGCUUGCUUAGAGAUGCAAAAGUGGGAAGACUGUAGUGGCUGUCCUGCAGAGAGGCUAGCAGGUUUGUGUCCUUCGAUGCAAGCGGCCCUGUGCGGCCUUCACUUGUAGCAGCAACGGGGGCAGGCCGCUGUGGGAUGGACUUUGGCCGUGAGGAGCGAACGCGAACUGUACUACGUAAACACCUUACAAGGGAGUACGAUUGCUUAAAUGCAUGUUGGUGCAUUUCUCUUGUCCUGCUGCAAUGGAGGCCAUGUUGGCUUUGCUCAUUGCUUUAUGUCCAGCAUGACCGGUGUACGGCUUACAUUGCCGGGUUUUAGGUACGGCUCGCCUCUCGAGCGUAGUGUGGAUCUGUGUACAGAACCCUGUGCUAACUCAAUCAAGCUGUGAUGGUGCACUACACUUUAUGUACACCGGCUUUUAGUAGUGUCGUAAAGUUUUAUAAAUCAUGGUUCCAGUUGGCAAUUGUCCCGAUGGUAUCGCUUUACGGUUUAACAUAUACUCCCUUGGCUCUGCUUGCACGGCAAGGCAGGAGACAUGUUGUCCCUGCAAGACUAUCGUUGUCGCAGUUUGGUGGGUUAAAUAGGCUUGUUAACUUUGUGGUUUGUAACUGGUUGGCCUGGUGUGUUCCUCUUGUUAUAAGGCGUCUAGUACGGUUCAAUAGAUGAAUUCGUUCACUGUUAAUGAUGGUUCUUAUAGCCAACCGUGCGCACGGAUUACUAAUCAUGCUAAAUCUUUGGGGGUAUUUAUGGAACCUCGACGCGCGGCACAUCCUCUUAUCAGGUAAACCAAGUAUUAGCACAGCAGGUAGGCAUGUCUCUGAUUCUUACUUGAGCACAAUCUAGCCGUUUACCCCUCCUAUGGUGCCGUGUAGUGCGAUGUAGCGUGACUUGUUGUAGGGUGCCGUCACAUCGUCUGUAUUUCCAUGAGCCGUCGUCCGUUCGGCUUGUGUGUGGCUUGGCUCGGCUUGCUGGGGGGGCACUGGUGUUCUCCACCUUAGAUUGUUUGCGUGUGUGGCGCUCUGGUUUGGAGGUUGUGUGUUUCGCACCAUGUUAGUGACUGACUGACUGGGGAUAUGCGGUCAUUGCAUCCCUGGGCCAAGCACUGCAAUGCAACGUUAAACCCCGGCAACACUGGAGGUGCUUUGUUCCAAAUGGUAUGCGAGCUCGUGCCGGUUACUUGUCCCAGGGCUUGUUAGCCAAGCGCUGGCUUGUUGAUCAUCAUGGUCACGUGAGCAGCUUCUGGGUUUACACUUAAUACCGAGGAAGGUCGAUAGGUUGGGAUGACCACAAUGGUAAUAUAGCAGCGGCUGCUUCGCUGAUAGCUCUAUGCAUGGUAGGCUGUUGGUCUGUAAUGGCUGGAGCACCCGCUGUGGUGUUUUACGGAUGGACAGUGCUUGCAUCAUGUUGGGCGUAUGUGUGUACGAUUGCAAAUACCGGGUUUUGUCAAGAGGUAUGUAUACCCUUCACGGAUGAUUGACGUGUGGUUUCGGAUGGGAAGCGGACUGGACUGAAGCUGGCGAUGCAUAGCGACAAAACAGUGAGCACCAAAUGAAG